AUGCCCGUCCCCGCCAGUGGCCGGCUCGGCCCGCGGGUACGAGUGGCCGCCGGCGGGGCUCCAGCCGUGGUGCGGGCGAGCCCCGGGGAGCUGGGGAGGCCCGGAAGGAGCGCUGGGGCCGGCGUCCUACCUGCAAAAGGCCACCUGGCUUCUGAUCCCUAUCAGAGGGACCUGCAGAGGGCGCGGGGGCUGCUGGCCGGUGGCAAGGCUGCGGUGCCCGGCGCUCGUCCCGGACGGGGCAGCUGGGGAGCCGGCACCCAGGGCGUGGUGGGCACCUCCUCGCUCUUCACCAGGGUGCUGGUGCUGAAACCUCAGCAGGUGCUGCUGGGCUUGAAGAAGCAGGGCUUCGGCGCCGGCCGCUGGAACGGCUUCGGAGGCCACGUGAAGGAAGGAGAGACCAUCAAGGACGGGGCCAAGAGGGGGCUGCGGGAAAAGCGUGGUCUGACAACGGACAUGCUGCACAAGGUGGGCCGCACUGUAUUUGAGUUUGUGGGUGCCCCUGAGCCGAUGGAAGUGCAUAUCCUCUACAUGGACAGUGUGCACGGGACACCCACUGAGCAUGAUGAAACACGCCCACAGUGGUUCCAGCAGGACCAGAUCCCUUUCGGGGACAUGUUGCCUGAUGACAAAUACUGGUUCCCACUCCUGUUUCAGAAGAAGAAAUUCCAUGGGUUAUUCCAUGGGUUCUUCAAGUUCCAGGACCAGGACACCAUCUUGGACCACUCACUGUGUGGGGUGCUAGAAGUCUAG